GUGCAAUGCUGUUCAGAUACUUUGCAGAAGUGACUAGAAAAGUUUUUAUGAAUUAAAAGUUGUAUGCUUAUUUAUGUAUAUGUAAACAACAAAAUAAAAGUGCAAUAACUAAUUGACGUGGCAAUGUGCAGUGCAAAGACCAAACAAAGCUGUGUUACAAACAAUUUAACAAAUGCUAGUAGCACCUUCUCGUUGCGCGAAAGGUGUAACAAAACAAAAGAAAAUGUUAAGGAAAUAGAGCAGCAACGAAUAUAAGUGCAAAAUAUUUGUCAGUUUUAAUUUUGAAACAACGAAGUUGCAGUGAAGAACAAAAAUUCAACAACUUUUCUAACCAAUUAUUUAAAAUCACUAGAAAUAGGAGUAUUUGUAAAUAAAGUUGGUCAAAAAUGCCUGCUUUAUACAUAUGGUAUAAAAGAUAAACAAAUAAAGGUUUAGAUUUAAAAGUGUUGAACAUUCAGCAUGUCAAAGCUUCAGGAAAUCAAUUGCGCUUAGAUUGCAACGAAUUGCCAACUCGCUAACCGCCAUUUUUCCGCAGCCAAUCGGCUUGUCUGCAUGGCCCAAAGCAAUAGGUGAAUGGCAGUGGCACAUUGAAAUGGCACUAGUGCACUUGUUGAACGUGGAGUCUUGAUAUUUGGAAAUUUGUGAAUUGCUAAUAAAAAAUUUUUGGACAAAAAUGAAAUAUUUUGGUGGAGUUGAAGGUGGUGCCACACAUUCACGUCUGGUAAUCUGCGAUGAGAGUGGGAAAUCGCUUGCGCUAACCUCCGGUCUCGGCACGAACCAUUGGAUGGUCGGAAUACCGGAAGUAGCGCGCAGAAUAGCCGAUAUGGUGGAGCGCGCCAAAGAAGAAGCUUGUAUUGCGCCCGAGGUGCGUCUAACCAGUUUGGGUUUGAGUCUCAGCGGCUGCGAACAGGAAGCCACAAAUGAAGACCUUAAGAAGGAGAUGUUCAAAAGUUUCCCUGGUAUUGCGGAGAGUUAUGUAGUUUGUAGCGACACCAUGGGCAGUGUUUUCACCGCCUCACCGAUUGGUGGUAUGGUCGUGAUUAGCGGGACAGGUUCGAAUGCUCUGUUACGUAAUCCAGAUGGCAGCACAUAUACUUGCGGUGGCUGGGGACAUUUUAUGGGCGAUGAGGGCAGUGCCUUCUACAUCGCACAUCGAGCCAUGAAAAUUGUUUUCGACGACAUGGACAAUCUGAGAAAAUCACCUUACCCCAUCGAACGCCUCUGGGAAGUUAUCAAGCAACACUUCAAUGUCGACACACGCUUCGACCUACUGCCACACUGCUAUGCCAACUUCGAUAAGCCCUUCUUUGCGAGCCUCUGCAAGCAAAUCGCACACGCAGCCGAUCAAGAUGACGAGCUCGCCAAAUCCCUAUUCAACGAUUCCGGCGCGUGUGUAGCGCGCAGCAUAGCCGCAUUGACGCCCAAAGUACAAGAUGAGCUAGUCAAAACUGGUGACCUGAGCGUGGUGUGUGUGGGCUCCGUAUGGCAUAGCUGGCAUUUGUUGAAGGACGGUUUCGAGCAUGAAAUGAGCAAGCAUGACGUGCCGUUCAAUCUGAAAUUGGUCACCAUAACAAAGAGUAUGGCAUAUGGCGCCUGCUAUCUGGCCGCUGACGCUAUCAACUAUCGACUGCCGCGCAAUUAUCUGGACAACUUCGAUGUCAUGUAUCACUACCGCACGAAACAAAAGACAACAAAUGGACACAGUAAUGGCGGACAGUGUGUUCCAUCGACGGAGAGUGUUUCGGUGCAUGCUUAGAAUCGAGUCAAGAACACAGUUCAGUAGUAUCAAUGCUAUAAGUUAAGAAUACCGAGUAACUUUGAGUCGCUUCAAAUUCCAUAGGUUAGUCCGUACACAUACAUACCAUAUACACAUGCUUGUAUAGACAGUUACAAAAUUUACUACGUGUAGUUGUAGCCUUAGUUUAAUAAAUAAACAAAUAUACAAAUCGUUAA